AUGUCGGUCGCACUUGUCCUCGGCUGCUUUGGCGCAUCGGUCCUGUACGCUGCCGAGUGGAUCGAUCUCGCGCCACGGUGCCUCUUUGCCCCACACGCCAUCGACACGUCGGCGUAUACACACCUCGAUCGCAAGGCGACCAAAGACGACGUCGAAGAAAUCUUUGACCGCCACGACGAUGCGCUGAUCAUGGCCAAACCGUCGACUCCCGGCAUUCUAUCAUUACUGGGACUCUUGGGCGGCGGUCUUUUGGUUGAUAUGGUGUCGGACCAUCUCCAGCCCGUGCUUGUGCUCGUUGUGCUCUAUUGCGCGUAUUCGUACGUGCGCACGCAGCGCUUAAUUUUGCUCAUCGAGAACGAGCGAGGACAGUGGAAGGACUGGCGAGAGGUCAUGCUGGAUCGUGUUGUGGCUGCUAGACAAGAUACUUUGUAAUCAAGUCCAUCCAGUGGUUGUGAUAGCGUUGUAUUCUCGUUGACGGAGCGAGACCAUAACGCUCCACGCCAUUCAAAACGCUCGAAACAAAG